AUGGUAGAUAUAGACAGAAGAAAUUUUGAACAUGGAGAUUCUAUUGUAGAAUUUUUCAAGCUUAGUAAAUAUGAGUUUUCCAAUGCAUUCGGCGAAUGUGUUUGGAUCAACCAGAAAAUGUUUGUACUGGAUAUUUUAUACUUGUUUGAUAUCUCUGUUAUUGAGUGGAUUGCAAUAAUGGGUAUUGGUUGGAGCAAGAUAAAGAAAAAAGUAGGGUGUUCCUGUCUGAGCAGUGGUGAUAAUAGUGGAAGAAUAUGCAUGAACGAUGUGAUGAAUGACGAUAUUUUGUUAGAAAUUUUGAAUCGCAGCACUAGUUGCAGCAAAUCUAUUAUCCAAUACAAGUUAGUGUGUAAACGUUGGUUCAAUCUUAUAAACAAUCCUGAUUUUAUCACAGCCUUCAUUGCCCACCGAACCAAAAACCGCCUCCCACGACAAGAGUUGUUGACGUACAGUGAGAAAGUGCAUCAGAUUUUAAGUCCCCGAGUAGACGAAUAUGUCCAAAUUGUGGCUUCUUGCAAUGGUUUAUUGUUAUGCCUUGAUGCUAUUACGUUACGAUGCUUUAUUUGCAAUCCUAUUACGAAGCAAUGGGCUGAAAUCCCUUCUCUUCCGAGUGAACCUUCAUAUAUAGGUUUGAUUUGUGAUCCUUACUAUGAUAUGGAUGACCAAGGGCGUGUCGGCAUCAUCAGUCCUGAUUGUCUACAAUUUAAGGUGGUGGCUAUUUCUAGAACUUUUGUUACAUCUUAUGCGAAUCCCCGUAUCAUUCAGAUGGAUAUAUUUUCAUCCAAAAGUGGAGAAUGGGUUCAAGAAUAUGUUGCCGUACCUGCAGCGGAUGAACUUUGUUUAAUUAACUGUUUCUACAUCUCUCGAUCAGCUGUCAUUUACAAUCAGAUGAUGCAUUGGCCGGCUUCCGCUGAGAAAAUUCUCGUCUAUGAUCCCAACACUGUCAAGGCUCACUGCUUUGACGGGCCUCCAACAACAUACAUUGGGGGAACAUAUCUCGGUGUUUGUCAAAACUCGUUGCGGGUAUCUCAUACGUGGGGAUGUUUCCUAAGAAUUUGGGAGCUUGACGAUCACAAGGAGUGGAGUAUGGUGCACAAAGUUAACUUGAGAGUCUUGAAUCCCGGAUGUUCAGGUGCAAAAGAUAUAUAUGUUGUAGCUUUAAGCUGUGAUGAUCAAGACACGGUCUACGUUAUGUUAGGCUCAACUACUCUUCUUGUUUCGUGCAAUUUAAGACGUUUUACCUUCAAAAUUAUUGGAAAGUUAUGCCUAGUCCGAACAACAAAAAUCCACCAUCGCUGUGGUCUUGAACAAGAAGCAGCUCCAUCUUCGUCUGUCAUCAUCUAG